UCAGAAAAACAAGGCAUGGCCCCAGCGUGUGGUGGGAGAGGCCUGCCCAUUGGCUGUCACGCUUGGGACCAGUUGCCUUAUCCCCAUCCCCACCAUGCUUCAGGUGAAGAUGAGCCCUGCGGCCAUUCCGUCGUCUCGCUUAUUGCCCCCGCCUCUACCCCCGCCCUCGCCUUCAGCGCACUCAAUCCUCUCUGCUCAGGUACUCGCAGAAUUCUUCAAAUUAAUUUUCCACCUGGGUUAGACGUGUUCCUUUCGCGAUCAGCUUCUCUCCGUUAUGAUAGUGUGCUGCGAGGCUUCAGUUGUGGUGAUCACGAGUACGGUAGCAAAAUGGCCAUGGCGACCGCAGUCGCAAGCACCAGCUUUACUUCCCUGAAGAAGAACACCGUAUUCGGAGCUGGAGUGCAGGGCCUUCGAGCAGCGAAUCAAAAGGUUUCAGUUGCGAGACCCGUAGCUGUGCCUUUCGCUAAGCUGUCAACCUCCUCCGAUGGCGUUGCCCAGCAGAUUGCCGUUGGUGCCAACACAUUGGCAGGCGCAAUGUUCGCAGCAAUGGCGACAUCUGAAUCAGCUCUGGCAUCGCAGCAGAUCAUGGCACUAGCAGAAGGCGACAACAGAGUCGUCGCCCUCCUCAUUCCCUUGGUCCCAGCUAUCGGAUGGGUGCUGUUCAACAUUCUCAAGCCGGCUUUGAACCAAGUCGACAAGAUGAGGAGCGCCAAGGCUUUGGUCGCGGGUGCCGGACUUGGAUCCCUAGCUAUGCUUGCAGCUCCCCACGCUGACGCUGCUCAGGAAAUCGCCCAAGUCGCGGAGUCUGAUGCAAGGGGUCUGAUCAUCAUCGGUCUUCUUCUGCCUGCCAUCGGAUGGGUGUUGUUCAACAUCUUGCGCCCAGCUUUGAACCAGUUUGAGAAGAUGCAGAACCAGGGCAACACUGGAGCCUCCUCCUCACGCAAGAGGGGAGUAGUUGGAGCCCUCGGCCUCGGAGGAGCAUCUAUGCUUUUGGCCCCUCAUGCCGACGCCGCUCAGGAGAUUGCCAAUCUUGCCGACUCAGACUCCAGGGGACUGAUCAUCAUUGGCCUCCUUCUUCCAGCGAUUGGAUGGGUCCUGUUCAACAUCUUGAGGCCUGCAUUGAAUCAGGUUAACCAGAUCAUCGAGGGCAACGAUGUUAAAACUCCUACGAAGGGUGGAAAGAGAUUCAAGAGCGUCAUCGGAGCCACCGGAAUCAGCUUAGCUGCAAGCUCACUGUUGGCUGCCCCUGAAGCCGAUGCUCAGGUGCAAGAGAUUGCACAGCUCGGUGCUGAUACCAGACCCCUGAUUCUUCUCUUCAUCUUGGCACCUGCCAUCGGAUGGGUUCUGUACAACAUCUUGAAGCCCGCUCUGAAUCAAGUGAACAAGAUGGUUGAAGGCAAUGACACCAACACUCCCAAGGGCGGCAGGAGAAAGUAGAGUUUUGUUUCCACUGCUGCAGGUUCUUCAGAGAAAUCAGGUAUCUGAGGAGUGGGUAGAUCAGUGAUUUGUUGCAGGCCAGAUCGCGUGGAUUGUAUGAUUAGUAGAUAAGUAAAAAUUCUUAUGCCAUGCUUGUAUUCGAAACUUUAGCGCAGGAUUUUCACGGGAAAUAUUUCAGAAGGGUUUGCUAGGUCUUUUUAUGAAGCAUCUCUCGAUGACUGUCUAUAAUUGGGUGCAUUUCAUACUGGGCGCCUUGUGAGAGUACUGGGCGUAUGGAGUCUCAAUUUGUCGAAUCAAUCCUAUGUUGCUGGCUAGAGAUGAUUUCUAUCUUUUGGUAAUCACCCAUAGGGAUUCAAUUUCAAUUAAUCCAAAUUUUCCAGAACUGUACAAAUUCUUUA